GACCUCGUCCGAGUGAGUAGCCGAGGCACCGCCCGCGCCCCGCCGCCGCGUCAGGGCGAUUCAUGCGCCGCGCAGGGGAGCGAGCUCCGAGCAUCUUGUGGUGCGGCCACUCCUCGGGGCCAGGAGCGGGGAAGCCGAGCGCAAGAAACCCCCGGACCAGAGCUCAGCCUCUUCCCGCCGACCGAAUCAUCAUGACCCACUUCAACAAGGGCCCUUCCUAUGGGCUCUCGGCCGAAGUCAAGAACAAGAUUGCUUCCAAGUAUGAUCGUCAAGCAGAAGAAGAUCUUCGCAAUUGGAUAGAAGAGGUGACCGGCAUGAGCAUUGGCACCAACUUUCAGCUGGGCUUAAAAGAUGGCAUAAUCCUCUGUGAACUCAUAAACAAGCUACAGCCGGGCUCAGUAAAGAAGGUCAAUGAGCCCUCAUUAAACUGGCCUCAGUUGGAGAAUAUUGACAACUUUAUCAAAGCUAUUCAGGCUUAUGGUAUGAAGCCACAUGACAUAUUCGAAGCAAAUGAUCUUUUUGAAAAUGGAAACAUGACCCAGGUUCAGACUACGCUGGUGGUCCUAGCAGGUCUGGCUAAAACAAAAGGAUUCCAUACAACCAUUGACACUGGAGUUAAGUAUGCAGAAAAACAAACAAGACGUUUUGAUGAAGGAAAAUUAAAAGCUGGACAAAGUGUAACUGGUUUACAGAUGGGAACCAACAAAUGCGCCAGCCAAACAGGUAUGACAGCCUAUGGGACUAGGAGGCAUCUUUAUGAUCCCAAAAUGCAAACUGACAAACCUUCUGAUCAGACCACGGUUAGUCUGCAGAUGGGCACCAACAAAGGAGCCAGCCAGGCGGGGAUGUUAGCCCCGGGUACCCGAAGAGACAUCUACGAUCAGAAGCUAACAUUACAACCCAUGGACAACUCGACAAUUUCUCUACAGAUGGGUACGAAGAAAGUCGCUUCCCAGAAAGGAAUGAGUGUGUAUGGGCUUGGGCGGCAAGUAUAUGACCCCAAAUACUGUGCUGCUCCCACAGAACCUGUCAUUCACAAUGGAAGCCAAGGAACCGGAACAAAUGGGUCGGAAAUCAGUGUUAGUGAUUAUCAGACAGAAUACCCAGAUGAAUAUCACGGCGAGUACCAAGAUGACAAGUACCCCAGAGAUUACCAAUAUAGAGAACAAGGCAUUGAUUAUUAGAUUCACAGAGGAGCUCAGUAUUUAGCCCGUUGUU